UCACGGCUCCCGCCCGCCGCACGCACGCGCACUGCGCCCAGCAUGAGGGUUGCAGCUCUGAUCAGUGGAGGGAAGGACAGCUGUUACAAUAUGAUGCAGUGCAUUGCUGCUGGGCAUCAGAUCGUUGCUUUAGCAAAUCUAAGGCCACCUGAAAACCAGCUGGGGUCAGAUGAGCUGGAUAGCUACAUGUAUCAAACAGUGGGUCACCAUGCCAUUGAUUUGUAUGCGGAAGCAAUGGCUCUUCCCCUCUAUCGCCGGACCAUAAGAGGAAGGAGUGUGGAUACAGGACGAGUAUACACCAAAUGCGAAGGUGAUGAGGUUGAAGACCUCUAUGAGCUUUUGAAACUUGUUAAGGAAAAAGAAGAAGUGGAAGGGAUAUCGGUGGGUGCCAUACUUUCUGACUAUCAGCGUGUUCGUGUAGAAAAUGUGUGUAAAAGGCUUAAUCUUCAGCCUUUAGCUUACCUUUGGCAGAGAAACCAAGAAGACUUGCUCCGAGAGAUGAUAUCAUCCAACAUUCAGGCAGUCAUCAUCAAAGUAGCAGCGCUGGGUUUAAAUCCAGAUAAGCAUCUUGGAAAAUCCCUGGCUGAAAUGGAGCCUUAUCUCUUAGAGCUUUCCAAGAAAUACGGAGUCCAUGUUUGUGGCGAAGGUGGAGAAUAUGAAACAUUCACUUUGGAUUGCCCUCUCUUUAAGAAAAAAAUAAUUGUAGAUUCAUCAGAAGUAGUCAUACAUUCAGCAGAUGCAUUUGCACCUGUGGCUUACCUGCGCUUUUUAGAAUUGCACUUGGAGGACAAGGCGUCCCCAGUGCCUGACAACUGCAGAACAUCCAAUUAUAUACAUAAUUCUUAAAAAGCAUUUAUGAACAUUGUGUACUAAGCUACCAUUUUAAUAUAAAAAAUUACAUAGCAUUUUCUCAA